AUGCAUAUUGCGUACGAUGAAUUUGAUAAUGAUGAGAACCAUGGUAAACACAUAGACGAUCAAAAUGAUGAGAACCAUGGUGAAAACACAGACAGUCUAAAUACUAGUGAGGCACAAUUUGACACGCAGCUUGAGUACGACUAUUACGGUGAAUCUGACUUGGACACGGGUCAUACUGAUGAUGUGGAAGGUGCAUCAGUUCCUGAGGAUUCUGUUGACAUGAGCCAGGCGACGCCAAGCGCUAGUCAGCCUGAGAAAACACAGAAAGGUAGCAAUGGCAAUGAAUAUCCUGAUAAUAAUCGGGAUUUAUACUGGAUGAUAAAAGAGAUGACUUUUAUUUCUGAAGCAGCAACAUUUUCUUUCUACAACAGAUAUGCUAAAGAUUAUGGGUUCAGCGUCCGGCUGGACCAGGUUAAGCGGUUUGAUGAUGGAGUAAUUCGGCUAAGGACGAUCAACGACGCGCAGAGAUCUGAGAUAUUAUCACUGGGAUCCAUGGGGGUCAGGAAGCACCUCAUUAUGAGAAAAUUCAUUGCAGGCUCCGGUUCAUUUGCCGGUGUUGGAUUCACAAGAAAAGAUUUGUACAACAUGUGCUCUAGGGAGAGGAGGAGGCUGCUUUUCGACGGUGACGCUACCACAGCCAUCCGCAUUAUGGCAAAGAGGAAAAAGAGGGACCCUGAAUUUUUCUAUGAAUAUGACGUUGAUGACAAAGGCCGUCUGAAGCACAUGUUCUGGUGUGAUUCUCAGUCAUGUAGGGAUUACCAGGACUACGGAGAUGUGCUGGUGUUUGAUAGCACAUACAAGAUGAAUAAAUAUAAGAUGCCAUUUUUUCCUUUUGUGGGCUUGAACAACCACCGUAGGACAACGGUUUUUGGGUGUGCCAUCCUUUCAAGCGAGAAUGAACAAACAUAUGUUUGGCUUCUAAAGACCUUUCUCAAAGCGAUGUGUCAACAGAAGCCAAAGGAAGUAAUCACGGAUGCAGAUUACGCGAUGAUCGGCGCAAUCGGCAAAGUAUUUUCUGGUGUGUCGCAUCGCAUCUGCAGCUUCCACAUUGAAAAAAAUAUGGAGAUGCAUCUACCUAACAAGUCACUGAAUGAGUUCAGGACUCUUCUGUAUUACACCACCUCAGAGCAAGUAUUUGAGGAGCGAUGGCAUGCAUUUUACAGAAAAUGGCAAUCCUCAUAA